ACGCGCAGAAUUGCAGUUCUUGUAGCAGUGGAUGACAAAUGAAGCCAUUAUGAACAUGGAUCUAUGCUUAAAACCUCUUUAUGUAUGACCCUACCGCUGGCUUUGCUCCAGACCCUCUACCAGGGCACGGUACUCUGCUCAUCCGCCUGCUAUUAGGGUCAGACUGCGCCUAAAAGUGUCUAAAAGUGUGCGUCAAAGCGCCGAGGAGGAGGCGGGCGUGAUGGCGCGGGAGCUUCAAACAACAACGCACAGAGAAGGGGCUAGUUAAGAUUUAGGUGCUUGUCGUGUUAGGUAAAAGCCCAACGAGAUGAAAAGAAAAGAGGUGAAAGUCGUUCAACUCAGCCCCAACGAGGAGGCGCAGCUGAUCCGAGAGGAGCUGGCGAGGAGGAGGAUACUGCGCAUUCAACAGGUCCGGGAGCAGCAGAGACUCAUCGCCCGCGGUGUCCGACAGAACGUGGAGCAGAGGAGGCAGGAGGAGCUGGCUCUUCUAGAGGAGGAGCUCCGAGCUCAGUGGGAGCAGCAGCAGAGGGAGCGUGUGCACCGGCUCCACACGCUCUACCAGGAGAACCUCAACCUGCUGGGCCAGGGACACCGCAACGCCAAGGAAAAUGAAACAGACGUGGGUGCCUUACUGCAGCAGAAGCUUGAGAAUGACAGUAAAGCCGAGGAGCGCUAUCGCAAAGCUCUGAAGGAACUGCAGCUCCAGAGACUCAAGAACCAGGAGAACCAGAGCCGAUAUGCUGAUGCUCGGAGGAAGGCUCUGCAGGUGGAGAAGAUCAGAGCUGCUAAAGUGGCCAGUCUUCCUCUGCCCUCCUCUCAGCUCCUGCAGACACAGGAAGUGGCCUCUAAACCUCAGCAUGUGGUCAGAUGUGAUGCCAGUUCCUUUGCAGCCACACACUACCACAUGCCUGACACGUUGGUGGACAAGGAGACGGUCAGCUCACAGCCUAGUGCGUGUGCAGAGGCUGAGCUGGAAGUGCAGAGGAUGGACCUGAUGAGGAGAGAGAAGGAACGGAGGAGGGAGGAGCAGCAGGAGAAGGCUCGUCUCAGAGGGAAGGAGGCUCUCAAGAGGGAGCAGCUGCAGCAGGACCACGGGCGCCUGUUGAGUGAGCUGGAGCACCUGCAGCAGACAGACCUUCUGAGGAGGAGGCAGAGGGUGGGGGACAUGCCCAGGCAGAUCUUUGAGCCGCUCUACAGGAGGCGGGAGGCCGAGCUGGAGCUGCAGAGGGACAUGGAGUUCGCCUUUGAGGACAUGUACAGCGGAGAGAGAAGGGUGAAAGGAGACCUGCUGUGUGGCCUCCUCCCAGAGCCUCUGCCCCCUCGCUCCACAGACAGUCCCUGCCCCGACCUGGACGUCACCUCCAUCGACCAGUGUGAGGAAGAACAGGAGGACACGGGGUCAAACGCACACCACGGCAACGCAGGCUCCGGUGAGGGAGACUCUGUAGGCUCAGCGCUGUCGAAACCAGCGGACGCCCUGGACGCUGUGGACAAACCAGCCCACGGGAGACGCGGGCUGAAGAGACUGUUACACCGCAUCCAGACACAGAGGCAGCGCUGGAGCCAGAGUGAUGGAGCUCCCCCCUCCUCCCCCCCCUCCUCCCCCUCUGCCCUCCCCUCUCACCCUCCUCCCUCUGGCUCCCCCUCUGAGGAGCACAGCAGCCUGGACACCGGCCCGCUAACUGCAGAGGACAAACUAUCUAAAGCCGAUGUGGAAGAUUCAGCCACUUCUGCCAGACUCAUCCAGGAAUUAGAGGAGCAGAAGAAAAAGGAGGAGGAGCUGGAGCGGGAGAGGCAGGAGCAGGUGCAGAUCCUGGAGCAGCUGGAGAGGCAGAGGCUGAAGCUGGAGCAGAGGCUGAGUGAGGCCCAGAAGAGUGAGGCCCAGAAGAGUGAGGCCCAGAAGAGUGAGGCCCAGAAGAGUGAGGCCCAGAAGAGUGAGGCCCAGAAGAGUGAGGCCCAGAAGAGUGAGGCCCAGAAGAGUGAGGCCCAGAAGAGUGAGGCCCAGAAGAGUGUGCCCUCUGAGGCUACGGAAAGCAAGUCAGUGCCUGAGAAUGUGAACCACAGCCGGACGAUGGAGGAACACAGACAACGGCUGCUCCAACAAAACGAGGUCCAUCAGAGAUCUGUGCAAGUGGCUCGUCAGCGUUUGGAGGAAUACCAAAAAGCUUUAAGAAUCCGAUACAACAUGGCUGCUGCUGUUUCCACACCUGCCACUGCCCCUGUCACUGUCCUUCAACCUGUCACUGCCCCUUCUGCUGCUUUUGGCCCUUCUGCUCUACAUCCUUCUGUGGUUGCUCCUAGUCCCCCAUCUGCUGUUCCUCCCGCGGCUGUUCCUCCCGUGGCUGUUCGUUUUACUCCUGCUCCUCCCCCUGCUUUCUCACAUUCGGCUGCUGCUCCUGGUGCCGUCCCUCCCACUGUUGUUUCUCUUUCUGCUCUCCGCCCUACCGCUGUUGCCUCUACGUCGGUUCCCCCCUCUGCUAUUGCCUUUGCUCCCAUCCCUCCUCCUGCUUUCUUACCUGCCCACCCCUCUGCUCCUCUGGCUGUUGGUCAUCCACUCCCUCCGACGUGUCCCCAAACUGGAGAAAAGCCCCAGGUUACUAUGGAAAGUACAUUGCGACCCAUGCGUCCUUCUGGCUCGGAUGCGGACUCAAAGACAGUGUCUGAUAGCGUGACUCUCCAGAAGCAUGCUGCCUUUUUAAAGUUUAUUCAGAACAGACUGGGUUUGACAAAGAGCCAACAGCAAACGGACAUCUCCCACACGGACUCAACGGUAACAAUUCCAAGUCCGGUUGUCUCAUUGGCAACGGGUUCUACUCCGGUUGUCUCCACGGCCACGGGUCAUAGUUCAGGUGUCACAGUGGCAACAGGUCCGAGAUCACUUGUCACCGUGCAAACAGGCCCUAGCCCGGCUGUCUCCAUGGCAACAGGUCCCAGUGCAGUUAUCUCCUUACUAACGGGUUCAAGUCCAGUUGUAUCCACGGCCCUGGAUCUUAGGUCUGAUGUCACCAUGGCAACACAUCCUAGAUCAGUUGUCACUAUGAAAUCUGGUCCUAGUCCCAUUGUCCCCAUGGUAACACGUCCUAGUCCUGUUGUCGCCAUGGUAACACGUCCUAGUCCUGUUGUCGCCAUGGUAACACAUCCUAGUCCUGUUGUCUCCAUGGUCACAUGUCCUAGUCCUGUUGUCUCCAUGGUAACACGUCCUAGUCCUGUUGUCUCCAUGGUAACGCGUCCUAGUCCAGUUUUCACUAUGGCAACAGGUCCUAGUCCAGUUGUCUCCACGGCAACAAUUGCUGGUCCACUGGAUUCCACGGUGGGUCCCAGUGGAGUUGUCUCUAUGGGGUUGGGUUUAGCGAGUCCUAGUCCAGACACUUCCACAGGGACACCUCAUCCACCUGUCUCUUGGGGGAGCGGAGGAGGCAGAGAGAGACCUGAGUUUCGGGACGUCCACAUUCCUGAAGCACAGCCACAGGAAGUGGAAGCUCCAACACUGGAGCUGCGACAGCCUAAACAGCAGGAGCAGGAUUCUCAGGCACGCUCCACCCUGCUCCAGACUCUCCUCAAAGCUCUGGAGCGAUCGAGUUUAGGAACAUCUCAAAACCAAAGCCUUCAAGCCUCUUCUUCAGGUUCCAGAGGUGGAUCUCCUGGCUGUCCCUCUGUAGUGUCCAUACCCCCAGCAGCACCCCCAAAGCCCCCUGUGUCCAGAGCCAGGCUGGGCUGUGUGGACACACCAUUCCACCAGCUCAGCAUGAUACAGGAGGUCACCACACCGGCCAGUCUGAGCUUACUCACAGGUGAUGAUACAGCGACAGCAGAGGACUUUCAGGAGAUGAAGCCGUCUGACUCCCCGAGCUGCUCCCUGUCUGAUUUUGCACACCACAUGGACUCGGUGCAGUCACUGGACUUUGGGAGUGGAGCAGACUUCUCGGGUUCUUCCGUGCUCACCUCCCAACACUCAGCUCAGGCCGACAGCAGAGCUCAGGCUUGCCUCUCCAGCACCCUCUCCACUGGAAGCUACAUCACCACAGACCCAGAGCUGCACUCUCAACCUGACAGUGAGCGUGUGCAGAGUUCGGGCUCCUCUCCACCUCAGCCAAAGAGCCGAGAGCAGGAGAACUUGGACCAAAUACUCACAACAGGGUCUCCUCAGUUUGCUCCAGGGGAGACAGGAGCCACUGUCCCCGCCGAAGAGGCCUCUGCAUGGGGUACGAGGUACGGGUAUGAGGGCGAGGACUCUUUCCGGCCUCUGGAGGGUGAGCUGUCGGAGCAGUCCUUGUGCCCGGCAGAGGAGGAGAGCCACGGCCUGGAGCCACUGCUGGGACACCCGUCUGCACACUCCUCUGUGAUUGGACAGAUGCCUGACUCCUCGCACCUGGCCGGAUGGGACAGUUCCAUGAGCCACUGGAGGGAGGGGCUUUCCUAUAGACCCAGCGGCACUUGGCAGAGCUCGGGGCUGGACUUUAGUCAGGCAGAACGCCCCCUAGAAUGUCCAAAGAACGAGUCCAGCGCUGAAGCUUCUGCAAACUCCGGAUUCCACCAGCUGCAGGCGGAGCUCACGCACAACCAAAUGGAAACCAGUGAGAACGCAGAACCUGCCGCUGCCUCUGAGCCCGCCGCCCCUUCUGAGCCCGCCGCCCCCUCUGAGCCCGCCGCCCCCUCCGAGCCCUGGUCCCCGGAGCACAUGAGAGCGGAGGGGCCCUGCAGCUCUGCCCAACUCUUCCACUGGUCUCCACCUGAAGCGCACAUCUUACCCACUUUAAUGGGUGAGUUGGAGGAGAAGGGCAUUCUGGAGCAGUCUCAGAUCACUUUGGCCAGUUUGACGGACAGCAGCUUUGACGAACAGGAGCCUGGGACAGCAGAGGAGGCGGGGCAUAGGGCUGCACUACUGAGCACACAGAUGUUUAACUCAGACGAGGUGACUGAGAACUGGAGGUGCACUGCAGGAGUCAGUCUGGACGCAGACCCAGAGCAGGAGCCCUCCCUGGUGCACAAGAGUCUGAAAGCUCAGCACUUCCACCAGAAAACUCUCCAGAAGCUACGCGGCAAAGACAUUCCAUCACAUUAGAUUGUACUGGCGGAUUUUAGUAAUACCUGCAAAAACUGAGCACCCUCAAAACACGUAACGCAGUCAUUAAAUAAAGCUUGUCUUGUUGUUGUUUGAUUUUAUUUAAAGAUGAAAUGCCUGGUCCUCUUUGACUGUAGCAUAUUGUUGAUGUGUUUUAUUAUAAACGGUGACAACAUUGGUCAUAUAUAAACAAUUAUUAAAAAGCCAAGCAUUAGUUCACUAAUGGGAUUCAUUAGAAGCAGUAAUUGUUUCAGACUUAAGUGAAUUUGAAACGGGAUCUGAAGUGAGAAAGCUCCUUUUACCCUGUGCCCCGUUUACUCACUAAAUGUUUGCAGCCAUCAUUUUGUACAAAAAUAAACAUCUUAAUUUAUUUUAA